AGAAAGACAACUUACACAAGUUGAGUCAAGUACCGCACCGCCACCACUAGCUAGCUAGCAAUGGCCUGCACACCCACCGAAGAACCCACCAUGGAGACCUGCGGCGACGACGUCUCCGACCCAACCAUGGAGAUCAUCGGCGUCCUCUCUGAUGUCUCCAUGGCGAGCAGAAGCCUCCCCGUAGGCGUCGUCUCCACCAAUUUCAAGGUCACUCGUGGCUUCGGUGGAAUCACGGAGAACGCCAAGGUGAACGUCGACAGGCUGUAUCUGCGCCAGAUCAUGACGGGCUGGGACGCGAAUCAGUCAGACGUGAUACAGCCCAAUGCCGUGACAGGGCUAGGUAAAACUGCUGUGAACAACUGGGGUGUCUAUGACGGUGCUGGCUCCAAGGCUAAACUUGUUGCCAAAACGCACGGCAUGCACACACUUGCCGGCAAAUGGAGCAAUUGGUUCACCUUGGCGUUUGUGGUCGGAAGGUUCGAAGCGUCCACUCUUCAGGUUAUGGGAGCUAAUGAUGAGGAUGAAGCAGAUAAUGACUGGGCCAUUGUAGGUGGGACCGGUGAAUUCGCAAUGGCUCGCGGUAUCAUUCGGAGAAGAGUAUAUAGUAUAACAAACAGUACAUUAACACAUGCGCUUACUAUUGAAUUCUUCUGCCACAUGACGGAGGUCGUCCCUUCACCUACAAAGAGAGGAACAGUUGGUGGAAAUAGAGGCACCCUGCCCCGGGAAAUGGAAGGCAAAUCCCAACGUCUUGAAAAUGUGACAAUCUACCAUGUAGGUGCAGUUGAAGGGUUUCAAUUUUCCUACGUUGACGAAGACGGGAAAAUCCGCACCACUGAUACUUGGGGUCGAGUACAUCCUGAUCCUUUGCGCAAGACCGAAGUGAGUAGAUUUCAUAUUUUGCUAUGCAUGUGGGGCGCGGUUGUUUUGCAAAUCAUGUUAUAA